CCUCCCUCUCCCCCUCCCAUCCCCACUGUCACUGUCCGCCGUAACCUCCGCUCCCUAUCACCCUCUUCUCUUGCUCACAGAGUGACUGCCUCCCUCCCCACUCUUCAAUCAUUUUCCAAGCUCCCCACUAACUCUGCAUCCUCCACCCUGACGUCAUCUCUCUCCUCAGCACUCGACUCCCUAUGCCCCUUCGUCCCUAGGCCAGCACGUUCAUCCCCUCCCAGUCCAUGGAUGUCUGACAUCCUGCGCACCUCCAGGGCCACCCUCCGCGCUGCUGAGAGGAAGUGGGCCAAAUCCAGGGACCCAUCUGACCUCUCAGCCUAUCAGUCUCUCCUGAAAGAGUUCUCCUCUUCUGUCACUGCCGCUAAGGCAAAAUUCUACCAAACCAAAAUUCAUAACUCCAUUUCUAACCCUCGUCAACCUUUCUCUAUUUUCUCUUCUCUCCUCAGCGUGCCACCUCCUCCACCCCAGUCUUCCUUCACUGCAGAUGACUUUGCAGCAUUCUUUGACGAAAAGACUGCAGACAUCCGCACCUCCUUUGCCCCCUCUGCGUCCUCCGCCCCCUCUGCGUCCUCCGCCCCCUCUGCGUCCUCCGCGUCCUCCGCGUCCUCCGCCCCCUCUGCGUCCUCCGCCCCCUCUGCGUCCUCCGCCCCCUGUUUCUCCACAUUUUCUCUCCUCUCAGACACUGAAGUCUCCCAGCUUCUGCUCACCCACCGCCCUACCACCUGCGCCCUCGACCCUAUCCCCUCAUCUCUCCUUCAAGCAAUCACACCAGACAUCCUCCCUUUUGUCGCCCCCCUCGUGAACUCAUCCCUAUCUUCUGGAUGUUUCCCCUCAUCCUUCAAGAAGGCCCACAUCACCCCGCUGCUGAAGAAACCCACACUAGAUCCUUCAGUCAUUCAGAACUACCGCCCGGUAUCUCUCCUCCCUUUCCUAUCCAAAACACUCGAACGUGCUGCAUCUAACCAGCUCUCUGCUUAUUUCUCUGAGAACAACCUGCUUGAUCCCCACCAGUCUGGCUUCAGGCCUGGCCACUCGACUGAGACUGCACUCCUCUCGGUCAGUGAGUCACUCCAUGCCGCACGAGCAGCCUCCCUCUCCUCUGUCCUGAUUCUCCUAGACCUCUCCGCUGCAUUUGACACUGUGGACCACUCUACCCUCCUGUCCUCCCUGGCAGCAACAGGGAUCCGCGGCACAGUCCUUGACUGGAUUGAGUCCUACCUCUCUGACCGCUCCUUCCAGGUUGCCUGGGCGGGUCCCCGCCCGCAUCUCCGCUUGCCUGAGGGACAUACAGAGCUGGAUGGACAAUCACCACCUGAAGCUCAACCCGGGAAAGACGGAGCUAAUCUUUAUUCCUGCUCUAUCCUCUCCCCUCCUCGACUUUUCCAUUUCCUUAGGGGACACCGUAGUGACAUCAUCACCCUGCGCCAAGAAUCUCGGAGUGAUGAUGGACAACAGGCUGUCCCUCUCCAACAACAUUGCAGCAGUAACCCGGGCAUGCAGAUUUUUCCUAUACAAUAUCCGCAGAAUCCGCCCCUUUCUCACCACCUACUCAACCCAGCUCCUGGUCCAAGCAAUGGUUCUAUCCCGCCUGGACUACUGCAACUCUCUUCUGGCUGGACUACCGGCAUCUGCCACCAGACCCCUGCAGCUCAUUCAGAAUGCUGCGGCUCGUCUGGUCUUCAACCUCCCCAGACACUCCCACGUAACUCCCCUGCUCACUACCCUCCACUGGCUGCCUGUUAUAGCUCGCAUCAAAUUCAAAACAUUGGUUCUAGCAUACCAGGCAGUCAAGGGAUCAGCCCCAGCAUACCUUCACAAGAUAUUCAAACCCUACAUGCCAGCCAGAUCCCUCCGUUCUGCUACCUCAGGACGCCUAGCACCUCCCCUCUUCGCACCUGCACUUCCAGAACACGUCUCCUCUCUGUUCUGGCCCCACGAUGGUGGAAUGACCUCCCUGUGGAGGUCAGAACAGCUGAGACUGUGACCCAUUUCAAACGACGACUGAAGACCCACCUCUUCAGGCUGCACCUCUCCCCAUCCCUUCCCCCCCUGUAAAUGACUAAACUUAGGGUUGUAACUAGGCAGCUGUUUAAUAGGUGACUUAGUUGAUGCGCCAGUCUUAACGACUACUUGUAUUUUUAUUUAUUUUUAUUUUUCCAUAGAUUGCGUUGUUGCCGUUCUCGUUGUUAGUGUUAAUCAGUUUAACCACCAGGGUCCAGGUUGAACUAUGCGGUUGUUCCCUGUACUUGGACCGGUACUUCUCUCUAGGGGUUUCGUCAUACUUGUUCCUGGUUAUGGUUAUACACUUUGUUGUACGUCGCUCUGGAUAAGAGCGUCUGCCAAAUGCCUGUAAUGUAA